AUGGCAGGCAUGGUUCUUCCCGGGCCGCCGUCCAUGCCAAGGAUGGCUUCUCUGGCAUUGGCGAGGUGGGUGCUCCUGGCGGCGAUGGCGGCGAGGCUCGCCGGCGCUGAUGACCCUUACCGCUACUUCACCUGGAUUGUGACGUAUGGCCCCAUCAACCCGCUCGGCGCCAUCCAGCAGGGCAUCCUCAUCAACGGGCAGUUCCCGGGCCCUCGCAUCGACUGCGUCACCAACGACAACCUCAUCGUCAACGUCGUCAACAACCUCGACGAGCCGUUCCUCAUCACAUGGAACGGGAUCAAGCAGCGGAAGAACUCAUGGCAGGACGGCGUGGCGGGCACCAACUGCCCCAUCCCGCCCGGCGCCAACUACACCUACAAGUUCCAGGCCAAGGACCAGAUCGGCACCUUCACCUACUUCCCCUCCGUCGCGCUGCACCGCGCCGCCGGAGGGUUCGGCGCCCUCAACGUCUACCAGCGGCCCGCUAUCCCCGUCCCCUACCCGCCCCCCGCCGGUGACUUCACACUCCUCGUCGGUGACUGGUACCUCGCCGGACACGACCAGCUCCGCCAGACACUCGACUCCGGCGCGCCGCUCCCGUUCCCGGACGCGCUGCUCAUCAACGGCAUGCCCUCAGCCACCUUGGUGGGCGACCAAGGCACGCACCCGGUGCAGAACGUCUACGACUCCCUGGACGUGCACGUCGGCCAGUCCGUGGCGUUCCUUGUCACCCUCGACCAGCCGCCCAUGGACUACGCCAUGGUGGCGUCGACGCGGUUCAACCCGGCCGACAUCAGCCCGCUGACGGCGGUCGGGACGCUGCAUUACAGCAGCGCCACCUCCAUGGCGCCUGACCCGCUCCCGGCAGGGCCGCCGGAGCAGGAGAGCGAGUGGUCGAUGAACCAGGCAAGCUCAGCUGCCGUCGUCGCUGGGCAGAGACGGUACGCCGUGAACGGCGUCUCGUUCGUCGUCCCGGACACGCCUCUGAAGCUCCUGGACAACUACAACAUCGCAAACGUGAUCGAAUGGGACAGUGUCCCGGAGCGGCCCGACGGCGGGGCACCACGGCCCGGGACGCCGGUGGUGAGGCUCAACCUGCACGAGUUCGUGGAGGUGGUGUUCCAGAACACCGAGAACGAGAUGCAGUCCUGGCAUCUUGACGGAUAUGAUUUCUGGGUCGUCGGGUACGGCGAUAAUGGGCAGUGGACGGAGAAUGAGCGGCUGAACUACAACCUCGUCGACGCGCAAGCGAGGCAUACUGUUCAGGUGUAUCCGAACGGAUGGUCGGCGAUCUUGGUGUCGCUGGACAACCAAGGGAUGUGGAACCUGAGGUCGGCCAACUGGGACCGGCAGUACCUCGGCCAGCAGCUGUACCUGAGGGUCUGGACGGCGGAGCAGAGCUUCUCCAACGAGUACAGCAUCCCCACCAACGCCAUACUCUGCGGCAGAGCUGCCGGCCUUCCACACUGA